AUGCCCAAGUCGUCAGCCAUACAUUCUUACAUCCUUGUCACUGAUUACUUUUCAAGGUGGGCUAAGGUCGUUGCCCUGAAAGAAGCCAAGAAUGAAAAUGUGGUGGACUUUAUCUGUACUCACAUCGUCUAUCGGUACGGUAUUCCCCAUCAAAUUGUGACAUAUAAUGGCAGACAGUUCUCUAAUGGCUUGAUGGAUAAAUUAUGUAAGAAAUUUAAGUUCAAACAAUACAAGUUAUCCAUGUACAAUGCAGUAGCAAAUGGGUUGACAGAGGCGUUUAACAAGACGUUGUGCAAUCUAUUGAAGAAAAUUGUCUCUAAGUCGAAAAGAGAUGGACAAGAGAAGAUUGGAGAAACAUUAUGGGCUUAUCAGACUACUCAUCAUACCCCUAUAGAAGUUACAACAUAUUCUCUUGUUUAUGGAAUGGAAGUCGUUCUCCCUCUAAAAAGAGAGAUCCCAUCAUUAAGAAUGGCAAUGCAAGAGGGGUUAACCAUAAAAGACAAUUCCAGAUUAUGUCUUCAAAAGAUAGAAACACUUGAUGAAAAGCGACUAGAAGCUCAUAAAGCAUUGGAAUGUUACCAAGCAUGA